AUGGGUAAGAUCAGGAAUGAAAUCAUCAGAGAGCUGCAAGCAGAGCAACAGCCAAGCUCCUCCUCUCCUGCCACUCAGGAACUGAUGACAAGGCUGGGAUUUUUACUGGGAGAAGGGAUCCCGGGUACAACACGCAUACCUAUGGACGACAAGAAUGAAAAGAAGUGCGAUCUGACCAGCCAGGGUAUUAGCCCUUGCUCUACACUGACCAGCAGCACGGCGUCUCCCAGUACCGACAGUCCAUGUUCCACCCUCAACAGCACGACGAGUCGACCCCCGCUCAGCCGCUCCAGCCCCUGUGGGACCAUCACCAGCCCCAGCUCUACACUUGAAAGCAAAGACAGCGGGAUCAUAGCCACCAUCACUAGUUCUUCGGAGAAUGACGACCGCAGCGGCUCCAGCCUUGAGUGGAGUAAAGAUGGCAGUCUAAGAAGCAGCGGGCGCCAUGGCCUGGCGCAGAGUGUCCGGGCCGACACGUGCUCCCCUGUGGUGGAAGAAGACUCCAGCAGCGCCACAACAACACCAGCUGACACUCCUUCUAGGACAGACCACCAGCAGAAGCCGCCCUACAUAUCAGCGGGAACUUCGGGGUCUUCACGACUUCCAGGUCACUCACCCGAGGGACCAAGCCAAUACCCGUCGCAGUCGUCGUCUCUCAUGAUGCCGAGACCGAACUCUGUCGCUGCGACCAGUUCCACCAAGCUGGAAGAUCUGAGCUUCCUCGAUGAACAGCGCAACACCCCCCUGCGGACAUCCAUUCGCCUGCCGUGGCACAACACCGGAGGACGGCCACCUCAGGACUCUAAAGCACGUUUCGCUCCCUACAAACCUGUGGAUAUCAUGCUCAAGCCCUUACUGUUUGAGGUACCCAGCAUCACCACAGACUCUGUGUUCGUGGGGCGAGAUUGGCUCUUUCACCUGCUAGAAGAUAUCCUAAAGGCCAGCGAGUCCAGUGGGAGCCAGGGAGCAGUGGUGCUGGGCAGCGUGGGCUAUGGGAAGACAGCCAUUAUCUCCCGGCUGGUAGCGCUAAGCUGCCAUGGAGGACGCAUGCGCCAGAUCGCCUCCAACAGCCCCAGUGCCUCCCCUAAAAGUGGAGCAGGACAAGGCACAGAACUUCCUCUCAGCCAGCCGCCGCAGCCCACUCCACCAUCCAGUGCCACCAACACCCUGAGCGCCAACAGCUGUCCAGGAACCCCCGAGAUGCAGCGGCGCAGGGAGGGGGCCGUCAAACGACUAGCUUCAAAGGUGGUUGCAUAUCAUUAUUGCCAGGCGGAUAACACGUACACCUGCCUGGUGCCAGAAUUUGUACACAGUAUCGCAGCCUUGCUGUGCAGAGCACAUCAGCUCUCUGCGUACCGAGAGCUGCUGCUGAAGGAGCCCCACCUCCAGAGCAUGCUCAGUCUGCGCUCCUGUGUCCAAGACCCCAUGGCUGCUUUCCGAAGAGGGGUCCUGGAACCACUGGCUAACCUUCGUAAAGAGAGGAAAAUUUCAGAGGAUGACCACAUCAUUUUGAUAGAUGGGCUGAACGAAGCAGAGUUUCAUAAACCUGAUUAUGGAGACACCAUUGCCUCUUUCAUCACUAAGAUCAUUACCAAGUUCCCUCCCUGGCUUAAGUUGGUGGUCACUGUCCGGGUCAACUUGUUGGAGAUCACCAGCCUUCUGCCCUUUUCUAAAAUCUCCCUGGAUGACUUUUCUGACAACAAGGACAUAAGCAUUGACCUGAAUGCAUACAUCCAGCAUCGCAUCAACAACAGCAAGGAUAUUAUGAACAAUAUCAGCCUGAACGGCAAGGCCGACCCUGGCACCGUGAGCAAGCUCAGCAGCCACCUGAUCUCACGCAGCCAGGGCUCCUACCUGUACCUCAAACUCACCUUAGAUCUGUUUGAGAAAGGCCACCUGGUGAUCAAAAGCUCCAGCUACAAAGUGGUGCCCGUGUCGCUGGCUGAACUGUACCAGCUACAGUGCAAUAUGAAGUUCAUGACCAACUCGGCUUUCGAGCGCUCCCUGCCCAUCCUCAAUGUGGCUCUGGCCUCACUGCACCCCAUGACCGACGAGCAGCUGUUUCAGGCCAUCAACGCUGGCUUCGUCCAGGGCGAGCUGCCGUGGGAGGACUUUCAGCAGCGCCUGGAGUUGCUCUCUGGUUUUCUCAUCAAACGACGGGACAAGACGCGCAUGUUCUGCCACCCCUCCUUCAGAGAGUGGUUGGUGUGGAGAGCUGAUGGAGAAAGCACAGAUUUCCUCUGUGACCCCAGGAGUGGCCACGCUUUCAUGGCCUUCAUGUUGUCUCGCCAAGAAGGGAAACUGAAUCGUCAGCAGACCAUGGAGCUGGGGCACCACAUCCUGAAGGCCCACAUAUUCAAGGGACUGAGUAAGAAAACAGGUGUGUCGUCCAGUGUGCUUCAGGCUUUGUGGAUCAGCUGCAGUGCUGAUGGACUCUCUGCAGCCUUGGCUUCCCUGAGGAACCUCUACACACCUAAUGUCAAGGUCAGCCGACUCCUGAUGCUGGGAGGAGCUAACGUGAAUUACCGCACCGAGGUUCUGAACAACGCCCCGGUGCUCUGCGUCCAGUGCCACCUCAGCCACCAUGAGAUCGCCUCUCUGCUGCUUGAGUUUGGCGCCAGCGUAGACGUCGUGUCCGAAAGUGGCAUGAGCCCCUUGUGCUUCUCGGCCGCUGCAGGACACCUGGGACUAGUAAUGCUGCUCUGUAACAAGGGAGCCAAGGUGGAUCAUGUUGAUAAGAGUGGCCAGUGUGCUCUGGUGCACGCUGCGUUGCGAGGACACCCCGAGAUAAUCCAGUACCUGCUGGAGCUGGAAUGGAGCGCUGAGGGGCAGCAGCAGGACGGCUCUCUGAAGAACAAAGCCCUGCAGCAGGCUUUGAUUGCAGCCUCGAGCAUGGGACACACACAGGUUGUGAAGGACCUGCUGGCACUGAAAAAUGAGCAUGCUGUGCAAAUUGAUAGUCAUGACACUCUGUGGGGCGAGACAGCGUUGACGGCUGCAUCUGGUCGGGGGAAGAUGGAGGUGUGCAGCUUCCUGCUGGAGCAGGGGGCGAUGGUGCAGCAGGUGAACCGGCGGGGAAUGUCCCCCCUGUUCUGUGCAGUCAGGCAGGGGCACUGGCAGAUUGCAGAGCUGCUGUUGCAACAUGGCGUUGACAUCAACAUCAGUGACAAGCAGGGCAGGACUCUGCUGAUGGUGGCAGCCUGCGAGGGUCACCUGAGUACUGUGGAGUUUCUGCUGUGUAAAGGUGCUUCUUUAACGUCGAUGGACAAGGAGGGACUGAUGCCCCUGAGCUGGGCCUGUUUGAAAGGACGUAAGAAUGUGGUGCAGUUUCUGGUGGAGAAAGGCGCCGUCAUCGACCACACCGACAGAAACGGAAGAACUCCGUUGGACCUUGCUGCCUUCUAUGGAGACGCAGAGAUUGUCCAGUACUUGGUGGAAAGAGGAGCAGUGAUCGAGCAUGUGGACCAAAGUGGGAUGAGGCCUCUGGACCGGGCCAUCGGUUGUAGGAACACAUCAGUGGUGGUGACUCUGCUGAAGAAAGGAGCCAAGCUGGGGAAUGCUGCCUGGGCCAUGGCUACUUCCAAGCCUGAUAUCCUCAUCAUUCUUCUGCAGAAGCUGAUGGAGGAGGGAAAUCUGCUUUAUAAGAAAGGCAAGAUGAAAGAGGCAGCACAGAGGUACCAGUACGCCCUGAAAAAGUUUCCUCGAGAAGGAUACGGUGACGACCUGAAGGCGUUUAAAGACCUGAGGGUCUCGCUGUUCCUCAAUCUCUCCCGCUGUCGCAGAAAAACCAAUGAUUUCGGGAUGGCUGAGGAAUUUGCAUCAAAAGCGCUGGAGCUGAAGCCCAAAUCAUACGAGGCCUACUACGCCCGAGCCAGAGCUAAAAGAAGCAGCAGACAGUUUACAGCGGCUCUGGCUGACCUGCAUGAAGCAGCUAGACUGUGUCCCAAUAACCGAGAGAUUCGUCGUCUGCUGGCUCGAGUCGAGGAGGAGUGUAAGCAGAUGCAGAGGACUCAGACCAAAGGAAGCUUCGCUGGCGCUGCAGCUGCUUCCAAUCAGGCAUCAGGAGACCACGGAUCUGACCAGGAGCAGGAAGAGGCGCAGGACGAGUCCUCACAGCACAGCCUGGCGAGAAGCAUUGAAGGCCAAAGAGGUAUUCUAGAGGAGGAGGAGGAGGAGGAGGACGAGGAGGAGGAGCUGGCUGCCUUGAAGCAUGACAGAACAGGUGAAGCCUGCUGGUCCCAGAGCAGUCACUCCUUCAGCAGAUUCUCACCUGCAGAUUCAGCCUCUGUUAACUGCCUGGGACAUCCAAAUCAGACCCCUAGCUCACCCCCGGGUCCCAGCAGACUUCCUCCCCACAGGUACCCCCGAGAGCACCGGGAGGCACUGGCUCAACAGGUUCUGGUCUUGCAGCCUACCAAGCAGGCUCAGAUAGUGAAGACCAAUCAGCACAUGAGUUCCAUGCAGGCUGUGGGGGGCCGGACUGCUGGAGCCAAAUCUCAGUACGCACCCUCCAGCCCUUUACCGAGCAGACACAUGUCCAGCGCACUGAAGCCGGGUCCGGGUAUCGACAUCAGUCCCCUGCCUACCCCAGCUGAUGAGCAUCGUGCGUUAUUGGCGUCUACCUCCAUGAGUCAGAGCUGUGACGGUGAGAACCUCCUGUCCUGCAGCACCUCCAAAGGUCUGGGCCAGGAGCGGCUGUCCACUCACUCUGGUUCUUCUCUAGAUGAACUGGCCUGCUCCGGUCCAGGACACCAGGUGAACCACUCUGACCCAGGAAAGGAGGGGAUGUGUGGUGCGGCACGAUGUCAGGGCGGAAGCAUCAGCAGCAUGCGUGUGUCCAGUUCCACCAGCAGCCUGGCGUCCAGCAGCAGCUUAUCAGACAGCGGCAAGCUGGGACCGGACGUCCGCUCCAAGAUCCCCGACAAAACCAAGCACAACCAGCAGACGAGUUCUGCUGCGGAGUACAAACCCAGACCUUUCAUGGGCGUCACUGACAAGACGGCCCGCUUUCAGCAGCAGAUUCAGCAGCAGCAUCCAAGCCUUCAGUCUGCCAGUCGCAGCUGGCUGAGCCACUCCUCUGACGGCUUGCUGUGCCACAACGUGUCGGCAACGGGCCUCCAGCCAAUGGACGGCAAAUCGACGAGCGCAUACCAGGACCAGCACAAACCUCCACUACCGCAGGGCGGCAUGGCCAUGAAUAACUUACAAAAUGGCAUGCACGCCAAGGAACUUGCAGAAAAGUUCUGCCAGUCGGCCAACUGUUACAAAGAGUCCAAGCCGGUACUGGCCAUGGCGCACACUUUUCUAGACGGCAAGUCCAAGCCGCCUGGCCUGGUCCGAGAUAAUCCUGCCAUUCACGUAGCUUCAAUGAAACCAAAGCGGUCGUUUAUAGAGUCGAAUGUGUAGAGAUGUUAGAUCUUUGUUCGCGUCCAAAACGCACAGUCACUAGCAAAAAAGAGUGAGAAAGACUGAUUCCUUUUUUUUUAUAACUUCAACCCAAACUUAUCCUAGUCUCACUUCGAAGCCUUGUGAGUAAGUAUAGUUUGCAAGCUGUUUGUGAAUACAAACACAAAGCUCCAGAUUUUACUCCUCCCGAUCUGCCACUUACUGCUGUCAGCUUCUGUUACACGACAUGUCCGCAGUCCUUCAGCCAAGCUGGAAACGUUGCACUGAUGGAGCUCUGUUGUACAAUCCCGGUCAGCAAAACGGCGACGGCAAGCACUUUACACGCAGUUAUGUCACGGGAGAGCACAUGCUGUUUUAGUGUAUCGCCAUUACAGAAGAGUUUUGAAUGAAAAUAUGUGGUUUGAACUGUUCUACGGUGCUGCGUGUGGAGAAACCAUCAGUUCAGACCUCUUCACUGUUCGAACACUGUUGUAUGUUUUAUUUUAAAGGAAUCAAAUGUGUUUUGUUUCUAUUAAUAAAAGCAUUUUGUUUGUAGAACAGUUCAGUCCAUCCGUGCAGCUUAAUGUAUCGGUUAAUUAAAUUUCCAACACAGCAUUGUGUGCUGAAGGGGAAGUGGUCCGAUUGGAAGGUUGAGUCAAAGAGAUGGGCAUUCCUGUGUUUUACGAAGGACGUUCUAGAUCCUCAUGUUGUGUAUAUUCUAUAAAUAUGUCUUUUCCAGUGAAGGUCUAUGUUAAGAGUACUGACUUGUGUAUUUUGAGUUUAAGGCACAAUGUUGAAAUGGUGUUCUAAACAUAAUUGUACAUGAUAUAAAACCAUUAACACUGAAUUCCUUUAUCUGCUUGUUGUUGCCGUCUAGUUAAUUUAUUCACAGCGCCAAUGGCUUGGUCAAUUGUAAAAGCAAUAUAUUUUAUAUAGUUAUUUUUGCACAGCUAAGACAUUUUAUGAUUCUCAGACAUAUUGAGAUUUUAGUGCAUGCUACAAUUGCAGUUUGUAUUACAGAGUAACAUAAAAAUAAAAACGAAGACGUUCAGGGGCCGCGUGCCGUCAGCUUGAUUAUUUUACAAUUUACGUUAAAUGCAAUUGUUGCCAUGCUUUCAGUAUUGUGAGCUUUAUUAGCUGUGAUACUGUAAUUGAAUAUUACUGCCAUCGUCGC